AUGCUCCCAGAACAAGACGCUCUGGCCCCGCCCUCCUCCAGUUCUCUCAAACGCCCUCGCCCAGAGCCCCCUUCCCCCUCGUCGUCCUCGUCGCCGAAACGCGCUGCCUCCGAGGACGCUGCUCUCGCCGCCACCGACGCGUCCUCGGCUCAUCUCUCUCAGCCCACCACUACCCAUUUUCCCUCGUCCCCGCUCGGCAUGGGCAUGGACUGCGACGACGAGCAAGGCUCCGGUAGCUGGGUUGCCCGUACUGGUCAAGUCUCCCUCAGCGAGGACGCUGGCGCGGCUGCUGCUGCUGCUCCCGGAACCGACGCUCAAGAAGAGGCCAGCACUGAGAAUGGCAAUGUGCCUCUGCGCUCUGAGGGUGUUGGCCUGCUAGACUCUGUGCUCGGCGCGAUCCCACCCCCCUUCACUCCUCAUUCAUUCUUUUACCUCGUGCCCAAGACGUUCCUCGACGCGCUCAAGGGCUAUGCGUUAGGAGGUGACACCACCCCGCCUGCGCUUGACCUCUCGUCGCUCAUCGAACCUGGCACCGAUGUUGACGUCCACUCGCUCGUGAGCGGCAAAGUUCACUUUUGGCCAAUCCGACAGGGCCUAGUUGAAGACGUAGAUUUCAUCUAUGUCGCCGCCGACGGCUGGGACGCUCUCACCAAGUGGUACAAGUACCCCGACACUGCACCUGCUCUUCCCCGUCUCUGUCUCGCCGACGGGCGUAUCGAGAUUGCCCCCAACGGAUACCGUCUCCAUGUUGCUACGUCAGCGCUGUCCGUUCCCGUCCCACCCGCCACCCCAGCCGCUCCUCUGAUCAUCACUGCUCCGAGCAGCACCACCACCCAAAAGCUGCGCGAGUUCAUUCGCACUAUUGUCGGCGACCGCCAAGCUCUGGGCACCCCACUCCGUCUGUUCACUCUGGACCAGUCCGACGACAUUGAGACUCUGGAGGUCGACAUCAAGGACAUGCCCAAGAUCACGGCUCGCCUGUUGAAGAACGACACCCUCCAUCAGCUGGGCAUGUGCAACGGUGACGCGAUCAUUGUUGAGUUUGCGACGCUCGCAGGCAACAAUUAUGCAGUGCACACCGAGGCUGAUGGCCUUGCCAUUGACAAGCCUGCUGCACCCGCACCGCUGUUUGCAAAGCCUGCCUUCUACUCGGGCAAUGGUACCCCGGCCGAGGCUGCUACGUCCAACAACCUCCUUGCCCUUGCGAACGCAAAGCCCCAGACCCGUGCCAUGACGCGCGGUAGCAAGGGCCGCGGCCUUGUCGGUCUGAACAACCUGGGCAACACGUGUUUCCUCGCAUCGGCCACACAGUGUCUUUCCAACACUCAAGUCCUCGCCGACUACUUUUUGUCUGGUGUAUAUCAAGAGGAGCUUAACCCGGACAAUCCGCUCGGUAUGCAUGGCCAGGUGGCCGAAGCGUUUGGCGAGGUCGUCGAGACCCUCUGGAACUCGCAGCCUCACUCAUCGUACUCUCCUCGCCGUCUCAAGACUACUUGCUCCCGCUUUGCGCCCCAGUUUGCUGGUUAUGGACAGCACGACACGCAAGAGUUCCUGGCAUUCCUUCUUGACGGUCUCCACGAAGACUUGAACCGCAUCAAAAAGAAGCCGUACAUUGAAAAGCCGGACUGGGUGCCUGGCGGUGGCGACAAGGAGCUCGCAGAGCUCGGCAAGGAGUGCUGGGAGGGCUACAAGAAGCGUAACGACUCGGUUAUUGUCGACCUCUUCCAGGGCCAGCUGCAGAGUACGCUCGUGUGCCCCGAGUGCCACAAGGAGUCGAUCACCCUCGAUCCCUUCAUGUACCUCACCGUUCCCUUGCCCAUCUCCCAGACGCGUACUUUCAAGCUCAUCUUCUUCCCCAAAGAUGUCGAAAAGCCUCCCGUCAACGUCCAUCUCCUUGUCCCUGCGAACGCGUCUUUCCAGGCUCUCAAGGACAAGCUCGGCAAGCUCGUCGGCGCUCCCGGAGGCAACAUUAUUGGCUUUGACCUGUGGAAGGGCAGCAUCUACUCGUGGUGGCUCGACUCGGACCCCAACUCGGAAGCCAAGGACAGUGACGUCGCGGUCUUCCACGAGCUCGCUGCCCCCGUCACCGCUACGCACAAGGCUGUCUGCACCGUCGCCACUGACGGCUCGGUCACAGUACCCGUCUACACGUUUUCGCCUCACGAGCAACCUCGCAGCUCGUACCAGCGCGACACCACCCCGAACGAGUGCAACCUCGAGCCCUUCUUCGUCACUCUAUCGCGUGCCGAGGCUACAGACCCUGCUGCUGUCCGUAUGGCCAUUGUCAAGGGCUACUCGCGUCUCGUGAAGCCCGAGAAGAAGUCGGCCCUAUUUGUGCCUGCUGGCAACCCCGAGGCUAUGGAGGUGGAGGAGGAAGAGGAAGAGGAGGUUGCCGACAUUCACAUCGACGAGUCAAGCUCUGCUGCGGAGCCUUCGGUCGGCCACCUCGCCCCUCCCUCUCCUGCUACUGCUACUGCUACUCCGGCUAUUGCUGCUAUCCAGCGCAACUCGAGCUCGCACUCACUCUCGUCACAGAGUGGCCAUCCUCUUGUCGCCGCCGGAGGUCUGUUCAAGGUCCACGUUGCCGACGCAUCAUCAACGGACAACACUGGCGGCAUGUUCAGCAGCUUCCGCAAGAGUGACCCCAAUGAACACAACAUUUGGAAGGGUACGCCCCAGCGGGCGUCUAGCAGCUGGUCAUCGCUGGACAAGCGUGGCCGUGCAAAGCGUCACGUUCUCCAACGCAUCGGCUCCUCCAUCUCUAGCCUUGUCGGGUCGGCUGCCAACUCGGACGACGAGGGUGGUGACCACGAGACCACCCCAGCCGCGGCCGCCAUCAUCCGCCCUGGCGAGGCCAUCUUUGUCGAGUGGCCUCAGGCUUCCUUUGGCGAGUUCUUUGUCACCCAGCGCGACUCGCUUAUCCGCAACCUCGACCUCGUCAUUGACCCAGCUAUCGCCAAGGAUGCUGCCAAGAAGCGCGAGGGUCGCUCAAUUUCCCUCGAUGACUGCCUGGACGAGUUUAGCAAGGAGGAGACUCUGGGCCAGGACGACCUGUGGUACUGUCCUCAGUGCAAGAAGCACCAGGCCGCGACCAAAAAACUCGACAUUUACAAGGCUCCCGACAUUCUUGUCAUUUGCAUCAAGCGUUUCGGCAGCAGCAGGACGAUGCGCGACAAGCUCGACCACAUGGUCAACUUCCCCAUUGACGGUCUGGACCUGGACGAGCGUGUGGGCGAGCGCCGCGUGACAAAGACGCUCAACCUCACCGAUGAGGAAGCUCACCACUAUGGUAUCGAGCAUUCCACCGAGCCCUUCAUCUACGACUUGUACGCCGUUGACAACCACUUUGGCGGUCUUGGUGGUGGUCACUACACUGCCUUUUGCCGCAACGCAGAGGACAACCACUGGUACAACUAUGACGACUCGCGCGUGUCCAAAGCGUCCGAGGAGUCGGUUCAGAGCCGUGCAGCAUACCUGCUUUUCUACCGCAGACGCACGGAGCGCCGCAUCGGUGGUAUCUCGCGCAUCAAGGCCGAGGAGGCCAGCCGUGCAGCUACCCCUCAGCCAAGCGUGCCUGCCUCGCCCGUGAUCGGACCCAGCGUCCCAGCGUCUGCCAUGGCCUCUGCUGUCGCCUCGUUCCCCGGCACCCCGUCGCAGCCCUCGCCUACGCUGAGCUCCAACUCGAGCCUCGCUUCCAGCUCGCCCCGUCAGUCGCCCGCCGACCUCGCGAGCGCCGGCGCGGCCGUGGGCUUUGGCAACACUGCCUGGGGCUCUGGAAAUACCAGCAUCAGCCCCGUCAAACACAACUUUGGCGCAUCGCUGCCCACGCCCGACUCGAGUGACGACGAAUUUGUCCCCAUCCAGUCGACUGGUACUACGGCAUCGGUUGUCGAGUCUGUCCCCACGUCGCUUGCCGCUAGCGCGACAACUGCCAGCACGAGCACCGGUGCCAACGAGACUGGUCUUGGCGAGGAGUACGCUGUGAUUAGGAGCGACACCAGUGACGCCGAAAUGGUUAGCGUUCCUCGUAGCCCCCAGAGCGAGGAGGGUGCGUAA